AUGGAGGGAGUGAGCGCGCUGCUGGCCCGCUGCCCCACGGCCGGCCUGGCCGGCGGCCUGGGGGUCACGGCGUGCGCCGCGGCCGGCGUGCUGCUCUACCGGAUCGCGCGGAGGAUGAAGCCGACACACACCAUCGUCAACUGCUGGUUCUGCAACCAGGACACGGUCGUGCCGUACGGGAACCGCAACUGCUGGGACUGUCCGCACUGUGAGCAGUACAACGGCUUCCAGGAGAACGGCGACUACAACAAGCCCAUCCCCGCCCAGUACCUGGAGCACCUGAACCACGUGGUGAGCAGCGCGCCCGGCCCCCGCGCGCCUGCGCAGCCGCAGCAGUGGGUGAGCAGCCAGGUGCUGCUCUGCCGGAGGUGCAGCCACCACCAGACCACCAAGAUCAAGCAGCUGGCCGCCUUCGCGCCGCGUGACGAGGGCAGGUACGACGAAGAGAUCGAGGUGUACCGCCACCACCUGGAGCAGAUGUACAAGCUGUGCCGGCCCUGCCAGGCGGCCGUCGAGUACUACAUCAAGCACCAGAACCGCCAGCUGCGCGCCCUGCUGCUCAGCCACCAGUUCCGGCGCCGGGACGCCGACCAGACCCACACGCAGAGCUUCUCAUCCGCGGUGAAGGCCCCGGUCCAGGUCAUCGUGCUCCGCGCCCUCGCCUUCCUGGCCUGUACCUUUCUGCUGACCCUUGCACUCUAUGGCACCAGCAACCCCUUUGCCCCAGAGGCCACCCUGCCCCCAGCCCUGCCGCCCGGUGGCAAUGGCUCAGCCUCACCCGACAACAGCACCGCCCCGGGGGCCGAGGGCUGGCAGCAGCUGCUGGGCCUGCUGCCCGAGCACGCGGCAGAGAAGCUCCGCGAGGCCUGGGCCUUCGGGCAGAGCCACCAGAUGGGCGUCGUGGCCCUGGGCCUGCUCACCUGCCUGCUGGCCAUGCUGCUGGCUGGUCGCAUCAGGCUCCGGAGGAUCGAUGCCUUCUCCACCUGCCUGUGGGCCUUGCUGCUGGGGCUGCACCUGACCGAGCAGUACCUGCAGGCCGCCUCACCCGGCUGGCUGGACACGCUCAAGUUCAGCACCACGUCCCUGUGCUGCCUGGUGGGCUUCACGGCAGCAGUGGCCACAAGGAAGGCGACAGGCCCGCGGAGGUUCCGGCCCCGAAGGUAUUUCCCGCGCGACGCGGCCGGCCUUUUCCCCGCGAGCCCCAGCCUGGCUGUGCCCUGCCCGAGCACGGGCCCUUCGCCAUCUCUGUUCAUCCCCACCGCACCCGGCUUCCUGCCGCUCGCCAACCAGCAGCUGUUCCGGUCUCCUCGACGGGCCUCACCCUCGUCGCUGCCAGGCCGCCUCAGCCGGGCCCUCUCGCUGGGAACCAUACCCUCCCUGACGCGGGCAGACUCGGGGUAUCUGUUCAGCGGGAGUCGCCCCCCGUCUCAGGUGUCUCGAUCUGGAGAGGUUCCUGUUUCAGAUUACUUCUCUCUGCUGUCGGGAUGCUGCCCCUCUUCCCCACUCCCUUCCCCGGCGCCUUCCGUGGCCGGCUCCGUGGCCUCCAGCUCUGGCUCUCUGCGUCACCGCAGGCCCCUCAUCAGCCCAGCCCGGCUCAACCUGAAUGGGCAGAAGCUGCUGCUGUUCCCGUCACCCCCUGGGGAGGUCCCCAACACACCCAGCAGCUCAGACGAACACUCGCCCCACAACGGCAGCCUCUUCCCCAUCGAGCCGCCCCAGGUCCCCCAGAGAUCGCCGGCACAGGACACGAAGCUCACAGUGGACAUGAGGUCGGCGCCAGAAAGAGGCAGCGUCUGCAGUAGCCGGUCCGUCAAGAAAGAGGACGACUCAUCUCAGUCGUCCACCUGCGUGGUGGACACCACCACCCAAGGGUGCGCAGAGGAGGCCACCGCCUGGCGAGGUCGUUUCAGGCCCUCCCUGGUCCGGGGCCUCCUGGCUGUGAGCUUGGCCGCCAACGUGCUCUUCACCUCGGCCUACCUGUACCAGGUCCUGCGCUGACCUGCGGUCCGCGGCCUCCC